AUGGAUUAUCAGAACCGCGCCGGUUCCAAGUUCGGCGGCGGUGGUGUCGCCUCUCACAGCGCCACCAAUGCCGACCGACGAGAGCGUCUACGCAAGCUCGCCCUCGAAACCAUCGACCUCGACAAGGACCCCUACUUCUUCAAGAACCACGUCGGGUCAUUCGAAUGCCGCCUCUGUCUAACGGUGCACCAAAAUGACGGGUCCUACCUCGCGCACACCCAGGGCAAGAAACAUCAGACGAACCUAGCGCGGCGCGCGGCCCGGGAGCAGAAAGAAGGCAAGAGCCAGAUCGACCCCAACACGGGGCUGCCGGUGGGCGUGGUGGGCGCGGGCUUCGGGGCGGGCAUGGUGCGGCGCAAUAUCGUCAAGAUCGGGCGGCCGGGGUACAAGAUCACCAAGGUGCGGGACCAAGUGACGCUGCAGCAGGGGCUCCUGUUCCAGCUGCAGUACCCGGAGAUCGCGCAGGACGUGAUGCCCAAGGUGCGCUUCAUGAGCGCGUUCGAGCAGCGCGUCGAGGAGCCGCCCGACAAGAACUUCCAGUACAUGCUCGUGGCGGCGGAGCCGUACGAGACGUGCGGGUUCAAGCUCCAGGCGAGGGAGAUCGAUCGCUCGGGGGAUCGGUAUUGGACUUGGUGGGAUGCGGAUCUGAAGGAGUUUUGGAUCCAGGUUAUGUUUUUGACGGAGCGGGAGGAGAGGUAUGUUGGUGUGCCGGGGUUGCCGGGGAGGAGGUGA